UGAAGGCGGGACCUUGAAUGACGACAAUAAUAGAUUGAACAGGAUCAUCAUGAGUAGAGCGUAACCUUCUCCCUCGUAUCCAACACACCCCGCGCUUUUUGCUCUUGUGCGCCCGGCAAUUACUACGUCAUGGCAUACUAAUAACUAAUUAGCCGAGGUAAUGACGGAACAAUAGGCGGCAGGCACGACGGAUGGGAAGUGCUUAGUUCGACGAUAAAUGCUUGCUCCCCUGGCCUACAUUUAAUGUUUCCACAAUGAACAAGUCCCGCGCGCGUUCACGAGGGAGACGGAAUUAUUUUCUACGUGUGUCGGGCAAUCGGUUGUCGCUGGCGAUGCACCCUUCUUACGUCUUUGCGAUGAUAAUGCGACGAUUAUACCUCGCAAGCACUGUCGCCAGUAGAAGAAGCGCCUUUUACAGCGUUAUCAACUUCGUCGACGGUAAAAACCAAGAUCGCUCGCACAAUCAAGAUAUCCCCCCGCGUCUCACGCACUUUUAUGCUUUAUUAUUUACCUCAAGAUAGAGAAACCUCUCUCACGAAAUCCGUGUUGAAACGAUUCAGCUAGGUCCUCCAAAGGAUCAGCCGUCGAUCGGCUCUUGAUCAAUCGUAUAUUUGAAUCAAUGUCAACAUGGUGGGGUGAUCUAUUUGGGGAGACGCGGCGAGAGAUGCCGUCGUGCAACAAAAAUCAGUCAGCUAGGUGAGUCGUGACGAAAGGUGAAACGUCGGUUUGAUGAGCGAAUGAAAAGUUAACGUUCCGACCGGCACCAACGGCAAUUUACUGCUCAAAGUUGCAACGAAUUCCAUGCCUUUACGUGCAUCCUGUUCGACGCCUAAGAAUCUCUACGACAAAACAGGAUUGCGGACAAACGUCGACACAAAACUUGAUUGAGGCUUUCAAAGCGGGAUGGCGGCGGAUGAUCCUCUUUGCCGGGAGCCUUUGGUAUCCGUCGAAUUCGAGGUUUUCGGGAAAGUGCAGGGUGUAUACUUUCCAAAGUACGUGAGGGAUAUCUGCCUGCAAUUGGGAAUUUGUGGCUGGGUGAAAAACAGUAAAACCGGCACGAUCCUCGGGAAGAUGCAAGGACCUCAGGCGCUCGUCGAUCAGAUGAAACAAUGGCUAACGUCAGUGGGAAGUCCAGGCAGUGAGAUACAUCACUGUGAGUUUACGAAUUGGGAGAAUGUCUCCAGACGGCAAUAUCAAGGUUUUGCGAUCCGUUUCUAAGGCUAAGGAUAACAAAGUGUACAAUGCAGUGCCCCUCUCUCUCUCUCUCUCUUGUGCGCGCAAUUGAGGCACUGGAAUAUACUCAAAAUUCCAUAACGUUGAACAUUUGUACGAUAGCUUCAUCGACAUAUAUCGGUGUCUCAUUUCACUUGGACAGAUUACUCUACGCGAUUAGAAUAGCAUUAUUUGACGAUAAGGUGUACAUAUAUGUAAUAUUUAAUGUAUACUCUAAUAAAUCCCUUAAGAAUUAAA